CCUGUGCCCGCGCCUGCUACCACCGCCACAGAGCCCGCUCCCGCUCCUGCUGCAGCACCCCCCGCCGCAGAGCCUGCGCCUGUGCCCACUCCCCCCGCCGCAGAGCCUGCGCCUGCGCCGGCCGCGGCGGAGCCCACGCAUGCCACCGCUGCCACAGCACCCCCCGCCGCAGAGCCCGUGCUUGCUACCGCCACCGCCACAUCCCCCACCACAGAGCCUGCCCCCGCGCCUGCUCCCGCCGCCGCAGAGCCCGCUCCCGCUCCUGCCGCAGCACCUCCCGCCACCAAGCCCGUGGCCGCGGCCGCUCCCCUCACCGCAGAGCCUGCUCCCACGCCGCCCAUGCCCGCGCCUGCUCCCGCCACCGCCACUCCCACUGCCGCAACGCCGUCACCUUUGACCGCCCCCGUGCCGUCCGCGCCCCCCCUGGUGCCACGCAAGCGCCUAGGUUCUUCUCUUGAACCCGGUGGCGGGCUUAUAGACCUUGACGAGGACGAGGAUGAAAAUGGCGACGGGGUUGACAAUGAACAACCGCUGGGUGUUACAGCGGAAGAUCUUGACGAGGAGGAGCGGCGGGAGCGAGAGAGAUCUCGGCAAGCCCCCCGACCGGCGACGGCAACUGUCGUGCAAGGUGUUGUCCCUGCCCGGAAGUCCAAUCGUACCCGUAAAGCCAGCGCAAAGCUUGCGGGAUCCAAGAGCAAUGCAUUAGAUCUGGAAUUGCCAACUCUCGAGCUCGUCGCUAGUAUUAUGAUUGACGACAGUCUCCCUCCCUACUUCAAGGCUGCGGUCGGGUUCAUAGGAUCUCACGAUUACGGCUCUCAUGGCGAAUUCCUGGACAUGCUGAAGGCUUUCAUCGUAUUCGAAGCCAAGUUCCAGUUUGUGGUACGAAACGUCCGUACAAAGGCCACGAACCGUCCUACCAUCAUCAAGACAUGGAUGGCAGGCGAGAAUCGUGACUUCAACAACAUGAAGUCAGAUAACGCGUUGACAGAUCUUGUGGGAUGGUUCUCUUGGUGGGCGGCUCUUCAACCAAGGUGGCGGGGAACCGCUAUGCCUCAUUCCUGCACGCCCCCGGCGACUGGCGUCCGAUAUCCCGAGCUCAAGAAUGGUCCAUUCGGUGUUGUCACCCUCGUCACUUCUCUUGUGUGCCUCUAUUUCUCCACCAAGGUACCGGAGCUGCGUCAGAAGCUGGCCACGGGUGCCGAAGACGUAUGCUGGGCUCUGACGGCUGCCAGCAGUGGUCUUUCUGGAAGCCAUGACGAGGGACCUCCCCGCAAGCGCGCCCGUGUGUAG